AUGCCCAUCAUCAGAGAUUUCGCUGCGCCGGCGAACGCAAAGGCCCUGGAAUUCCCCGAAAGCACCGAUUCAAAGCUCUUCCUCGCCUUCAUCUCCUCCGAUGACCCCAUCACCGGACAGCCCUGGUGCCCCGAUGUUCGCGCUGCGCUGCCAAGCAUCAACGCCGCGUUUGAAGCGGAGAAUGCGCCGAGCGUGGGUAUUGUCCAGGUUGGUCAAAAGCCAGAGUGGAGGGAGCCUAAGAACGUCUACCGAACAAACUGGAACAUAAACAACGUUCCAGCCUUGGUACGCUACCAACGACUGAACGGAGAGGUAUCGGAGACAGGACGAUUGAUCGAAGGCGAGAUUCUGGACAAAAAGAAGCUCCAAGAUUUCCUUGCUUGA